UGAUGGAGAAGGAAGUCUACGUGGUUUCGACUUCCGAGUGCUUACCCACAACUCGCAGCUCCACCGCACGCUUCCUUCUGAUAGAAAAAAACUAGACUUUACGACUCCAUAUGUUUGUUUCUACUUCCACCUCUUAGCGCAAUAUUUGCCUACAUAUUAGCUUUUGCUGCACGACUGUUCAAAAAGAAAUAGGGAAAAAAAAGGCAAAAAGUUCAAGAAGGAACAAAGAGAGAUAUCUAGACAAGGAAGGAGGAGAAGAAGCAGAAGUCAAGAGAGGUUGCGAAGUUAGAAGGAGGAGGAAGACCUGAUUUUGAAGACCCAGAAUUUUUUCAAGGGGUUCGAUUAUUUAACUUUUCGUGGGUUUGAUAGAAGUGGGAUAUGGCUUUUUACUCAAUGUUUUGUUGCGGAAAUGUUUCGAAUCGGAGUGAACGAGGGAAGAAGCCUCAAACAUGGAGGGUAUUUUCAUUGAAGGAGCUGCACGCAGCUACGAACAAUUUUAAUUAUGAUAACAAGCUUGGAGAAGGGGGAUUUGGUAGCGUCUACUGGGGUCAGCUUUGGGAUGGAUCACAAAUUGCAGUCAAAAGGUUGAAGGUUUGGAGCAACAAAGCGGAUAUGGAAUUUGCAGUUGAGAUUGAGGUACUGGCACGAGUACGGCACAAGAAUUUGCUAAGCUUACGUGGCUAUUGUGCUGAGGGGCACGAGCGUCUGAUCGUGUAUGACUACAUGCUGAAUUUAAGCUUGCUAUCUCAUCUUCAUGGGCAGCACUCGGCAGAAUGCCUUCUCGAUUGGAACCGACGGAUGAGUAUUGCAGUUGGAGCUGCUGAGGGCAUAGCCUAUCUCCACCACCACUCCACCCUGCAUAUAAUUCAUAGAGACAUCAAAGCGAGCAAUGUGUUGCUAGAUUCAGAUUUUCAGGCUCGGGUUGCUGAUUUUGGAUUUGCAAAGUUAAUCCCGGAUGGUGUAACACAUGUGACAACGAGAGUUAAGGGUACCCUCGGAUACCUUGCACCCGAAUACGCUAUGUUAGGGAAAGCAAAUGAGAGUUGUGAUGUCUACAGCUUUGGGAUACUUCUGCUCGAGCUUGCUAGUGGCAGGAAACCCAUUGAGAAAUUGAGUGCAACAAUGAAACGUUCAAUUACUGAUUGGGCUCUGCCAUUGGCAAGCGAGAGAAAGUUUGAUGAAAUAGUAGAUCCGAAGCUCAAUGGCACGUAUGUGGAGGAAGAGCUAAAGAGAGUGGUCUUGGUUGCACUCAUAUGUGCUCACAGUCGGCCAGAGAAGAGACCCACGAUGCUUGAGGUGGUGGAGCUUCUGAAGGGACUUAAGAAGGAGAAAUUAGCUGAACUGGAACAUAUUGAGCUAUUCAAGGCCGCUCAAGCUGCAGAUUAUAAUGAUGGGGCCUCGGUUGUUGAAGACAGCUCAGACUUCAUCUCAGAGGAAAAAGAUUCAAAACCGGAAAUUGAGGGGCUUAGAGAUGAACAUAAUCGCACAAACUAAUAACUGUGGAUAUGGAACCAUUUACAAGAUUUGGGUUUCUCAUGUGAAGGUGGAACUGGCUUGGCUUGUUAUUAGAAUUUGCCAUUGCUACUAUCAAGAAAGCAUGUAUUUUUGUGAGUGCAACAAGAUCUGUUUUGUGUUUCUCGUCAUUCCUUUGUCCUAAAACGAAUGACAUGGAAACUGUGUUUAAUAUCCUACGGGAUGGUCUGGUUUUUGGCUCUUGAGACUAGAACUAGUGCUAUAUGUAUAUAGAACGACGCAUCGACCCUCUCUUUUGACUUC